AUGAAAUUUAUCUUCUACUUGGGCAUCCUUGCUGGGACAUUUUUUGUAGUUCACUCAUCUGUGCAGAAAGAAGACCAUGCUCCCUAUUUGGUAUACCUCAAGUCUCAUUUUAACCCUUGCGUGGGUGUCCUCAUCAAAACAAGCUGGGUGUUGGCCCCAGCUCACUGCUACUUACCAAAUCUGAAACUGAUGCUGGGAAAUUUCAAGAGCAGAGUCCGAGAUGGGACAGAGCAGACAAUUAACCCCAUCCAGAUUAUCCGCUACUGGAACUACAGUCACAGCUCCCCACAGGACGACCUCAUGCUCAUUAAGCUGGCUAAGCCUGCCACCCUUAACCACAAGGUCCAGACUCUUCCCCUCGCCACCAGCAAUGUUCAGCCAGGCACUGUCUGUCUGCUCUCAGGUUUGGACUGGAGCCAAGAAAAUAGUGGGAGACAUCCUGACUUACGGCAGAACCUGGAGGCCCCUGUGAUGUCUGACAAAGAGUGCCAGGAAACUGAACAAGGGAAAAGCCACAGGAACUCCUUAUGUGUUAAAUUUGUGAAAGUAUUCAGCCGAAUUUUUGGGGAGGUGGCCGUUGCUACUGUCAUCUGCAAAAACAAGCUCCAGGGGAUCGAGGUUGGGCACUUCAUGGGAGGGGAUGUCGGCAUCUACACCAAUGUUUACCAAUAUGUGUCCUGGAUUGAGAAGACUACUAAGGACAAAUGA